GGCUGGUGGAGGAAGAUCCUGCAGAGGGUUGGGGUCUCCCCAAUUUCUGCGACCCCCAGUGGUUUCACACUGUCCUUCCAGCAAGACACUUUGGGCUUUUAUCACUUUGCCUACUGUUCUACCUGAAUUCCUCUUUUUGGUGUCCAGUUGCAGUCUAUUCCAGGAACUCAUUUAAUGCUUCAUUAUUACAACAAAUAUGUGAAAAUUCCUGUCAACUGUUGAGAAUUUUUUCCUUUGGAUAUUGUUUCCUCCAUUUACUGCAUAAAUUUCUUAGAAAAAAAAUUUUUUUUGGUGCCAUGUUCUGUGGCUUACAUCAAAAGAGGAGUUUGUCUUCAUGAAGAUUCCUAACAUUGGUAAUGUGAUGAAUAAAUUUGAGAUCCUUGGGGUUGUAGGUGAAGGAGCCUAUGGAGUUGUACUUAAAUGCAGACACAAGGAAACACAUGAAAUUGUGGCAAUCAAGAAAUUCAAGGACAGUGAAGAAAAUGAAGAAGUCAAGGAAACGACUUUGCGAGAGCUUAAAAUGCUUCGGACUCUCAAACAGGAAAACAUUGUGGAGCUGAAGGAAGCUUUUCGUCGGAGGGGGAAAUUAUACCUGGUGUUUGAAUAUGUUGAAAAAAAUAUGCUUGAGUUGCUGGAAGAAAUGCCAAAUGGGGUUCCACCUGAAAAAGUAAAAAGCUAUAUCUAUCAACUAAUCAAAGCUAUUCACUGGUGCCAUAAGAACGAUAUUGUCCAUAGAGAUAUAAAGCCAGAAAAUCUCUUAAUCAGCCACAAUGAUGUUCUGAAACUAUGCGACUUUGGUUUUGCUCGGAAUCUAUCAGAGGGCAACAAUGCUAAUUACACAGAGUAUGUGGCCACCAGGUGGUAUCGAUCCCCAGAACUGUUACUUGGAGCUCCCUAUGGGAAGUCUGUAGACAUGUGGUCAGUGGGCUGUAUUCUUGGGGAACUUAGUGACGGACAGCCCUUAUUUCCUGGAGAAAGCGAAAUUGACCAACUUUUUACUAUUCAGAAGGUGCUAGGACCACUUCCAUCUGAGCAGAUGAAGCUCUUCUAUAGUAAUCCUCGCUUCCACGGUCUCCGGUUUCCGGCUGUGAACCACCCUCAAUCAUUGGAGAGAAGAUAUCUUGGAAUUUUAAAUAGUGUUUUACUUGACCUAAUGAAGAAUUUACUGAAGUUGGACCCAGCCGACAGAUACUUGACAGAACAGUGUUUGAAUCACCCUACAUUUCAAACCCAGAGACUUUUGGAUCGGUCCCCUUCAAGGUCAGCCAAAAGGAAACCUUAUCAUGUGGAAAGCAGCACGUUGUCUAAUAGAAACCAAGCCAGCAAAGGUGCUGCUUUACAGUCUCACCAUAGAUCCAACAGCAAGGACAUUCAGAACUUAAGUGUGGGUCUACCCCGGGCUGACGAAGGCCUUCCUGCCAAUGAAAGCUUCCUGAAUGGAAACCUUGCUGGAGCUACUCUUAGUCCGAUGCACACCAAAACCUACCAAGCAAGCACCCAGCCUGGGUCUGCCAGCAAAGAUCUCACCAACAACAACAUACCACAUCUUCUCAGUCCAAAAGAAGCCAAGUCCAAAACAGAGUUUGACUUUAAUAUUGAUCCGAAGCCUUCAGAAGGCCCAGGCACAAAGUACCUCAAGUCCAGCAGCAGAUCUCAACAGAACCGGCACUCAUUCAUGGAAAGCUCUCAGAGCAAAGCCGGGACACUGCAGCCUAGUGAAAAGCAGAGUCGGCACAGCUACAUUGACACCAUUCCCCAGUCCUCCAGGAGUCCCUCCUACAGGACCAAGGCCAAAAGCCAUGGGGCAUUGAGUGACUCCAAAUCUGUGAGCAACCUUUCUGAAACCAGGGCUCAAAUCACAGAUACCAAUACCAGUAGGUACUUCCCAUCCAGCUGUUUGGACUUGAACUCUCCCACCAGCCCAACUCCCACCAGGCACAGUGACACGAGAACUUUACUCAGCCCUUCAGGGAGAAAUAAUCGAAAUGAGGGCACUCUGGACUCACGCAGAACCACAACUAGGCAUUCCAAAACAAUGGAGGAGUUGAAGCUGCCCGAACACAUGGACAGCAGCCAUUCCCAUUCGCUGUCUGCACCUCAUGAGUCCUUCUCUUAUGGGCUAGGCUAUACCAGCCCCUUCUCUUCUCAACAGCGUCCUCAUAGGCAUUCCAUGUAUGUGACCCGGGACAAAGUGAGAGCCAAAGGCUUGGACGGAAGCUUAAGCAUAGGGCAAGGGAUGGCGGCCAGAGCCAACAGCCUACAACUCUUAUCACCUCAGCCUGGAGAACAGCUCCCUCCAGAGAUGACUGUGGCGAGACCUUCUGUCAAAGAGUCCUCCAGAGAAGGCACCUCUUCAUUCCACACUCGUCAAAAGUCUGAGGGUGGAGCGUAUCAUGACCCACAUUCUGACGAUGGCACAGCCCCCAAAGAAAACAGACAUCUGUACAAUGAUCCUGUCCCCAGAAGAGUUGGCAGCUUUUAUAGAGUGCCUUCUCCACGACCAGACAAUUCUUUCCAUGAAAAUAAUGUGUCAACCAGAGUUUCUUCCCUACCAUCUGAAAGCAGUUCUGGAACCAAUCACUCAAAAAGACAACCAGCAUUUGAUCCAUGGAAAAGUCCCGAAAAUAUUAGUCAUUCUGAUCAACUCAAGGAAAAGGAGAAGCAAGGCUUUUUCAGGUCAAUGAAAAAGAAAAAGAAGAAAUCUCAAACAACAGAUUCCACCAACGGGGAGAAUCCAAGCAUCAAGAAAUCCCUCUUUCCUCUUUUUAAUUCAAAGAAUCAUUUAAAGCAUAGUUCUUCUUUGAAAAAGCUUCCUGUAGUCACUCCACCCAUGGUGCCCAAUUCUGACGGCCCCGACCUUCUGACAUUACAGAAAGCCAUUCACUCUGCUAGCACUUCAAGCAGCAGACCAAAGGAGUGGCGUCCUGAGAAGUUCUCAGAUCUACAGAUCCAAAGCCAGCCAUUAAAAUCACUGCGCAAGCUGUUACAUCUCUCUUCGGCCUCAAAUCAUCCGGCUUCCUCAGAUCCCCGCUUCCAGCCCUUAGCAACUCAACAAACCAAAAAUUCCUUCUCAGAAAUUCGGAUUCACCCCCUGAGCCAGGCCUCUGGUGGGAGCACCAACAUCCGGCAGGAGCCCACACCAAAGGGCAGGCCAGCCCUCCAGCUGCCAGGUCAGAUGGAUCCUGGUUGGCACGUGUCCUCUGUGACCAGGAGUGCCACAGAGGGGCCUUCCUAUUCUGAACAGCUGGGCGCCAAGAGUGGGCCAAACGGGCACCCAUAUAACAGAACAAAUCGCUCACGAAUGCCAAAUCUGAACGAUUUAAAAGAGACGGCCUUGUAAUUUGUGCUGGGGUGGGGGGAGGGGGGACGAGCCAGUUGGGAAGGGAGGGCGCGGGGUGGGCUGGGGAAUGGGCUGGGCCAGGGUGGUAAGCCAGUAUUUUCAGCUUUAUGAAGGUGUGUGCAAUAUUGUAUGUGGAGGGCCAUCUGGCUCCUCACAGCCACAAAUGCUAGUCAGGGAUCUUAGAGCCACGGGAGUUCCUUAGGGAUCGCCACUCCCCACAGGUCUUGUGUGAGAAUGGAUAGAGUGUGCCAUUGAGGAAGAAGAAAUUCUUGUCAGUUUCUCCCCCUUACAUUCCAGCUUUAGUGCAAUCUCUGUUGAACUUGGGAAAGCCAGGACAUGUCCUGGCACUGCAAGGGAUAGAAAAAUUCGUGUUGACCGAUGCCCUUACCACGUAUUUUUUUCUGCCUAGACUAAAUGUGGGGUUUGUUGUAAUCCAAGAGUAUCCCUUUGAAGGGUUAGAAGAUGAACUGUAUGUCUUAAAUUGUUUUCUAAGCUUCCAUAUUUGAUAGGAUUUGUAACAUUUAUUUAUAAUUAAUAUUGUACUGUUAUAAUUAUCAUACUUUUAUGUUCUAAUGUAAAGUUAUUUUGAGCUGUUUGGAACAUUGUGAAGCAGUGGGACAGCUACAGUAGUUUCUAUAAAAACUAAACAGUAACAUUUAUAUAUUGCAUCAGGAGUAUUUUAUUCUAUAUAUAUAAAUAUAUAUGGUAAAUAUCUGUCUGUUUUAUAAAUAUAUUCAUUUAAAGAAAGUAUCGUUAUGACACUAUCUGCCAUAUUUUUAUACAUUUGUGAUAUGAAGUGAGUAUUAUACUUCUAAUAAAGGGAGUUGAAUUGUGGCUACAUGUGACUGUAACAGUAUGAACCUUGCUCAACUUUUCGGCCCCAGCAGUAGCCUCUAGAUGUGAUCCUUGGUAGCAGAUAAUGCAGCAUCUCUUUCCAGACCCACAAGGGAAGAAGGUCAGCUAGGCCAGUGAAGAUUCCAGCAGGCCUCAUUUCCGCCCUCACACACUUGGCUCCCGUUUGUGUCCAGGAAUGUUACUUGGACGUAAGUGGGGGAACAGACAGAGGUAUUGCUCAUGGGUCUUUGUAGAGAGAAUGUGCUCUUCCACUAAGCAUUAGUGUAGAGCGUAGACCAAAGAUUCGCCAGCAAACAUUCCUUGUUGUGAGGUUGUAAGAGGCACCUGUCUGCAGAUCUUGCAAACCAGCUCUAUGCUCCUGAAUACCGUCCGCCCUCCUGGAGACUCUUGGCUCUAGCUGCGGUGUGAGAUGCGUGUGUGGCAUUUCUCCUUCUAACCGCUUUUUUCAUUAUUGCUUUUCCCGAUGUAUUUAAAAGGCUCCUGAAGCAAUUCCAGAUAUAGAGAAAAUCUCUCUAUAAAUGGAUGCUAUAUCCAUUUUUUCUUCCUGGGACUGUCCAUUUAUAACAAGGUCAUCAUGCACACCUGUAUAUACACCCUUCCCUCCAUCAGAACAGGACCUAUCUUGCUCUCAUUUGAUCACUUCAAUUCCCAAGUUACUCGCAAGUACCAUUAAGGCCUUUGGCCAGCAAGUGUUAUCCCCCUUAUCUCCAGGCCAUCCUUGACAGAAAUCACCUCAACACCAUCAUCUAUCAGUAGUAGUAGACUUUUGGAAGUAGUCUCUUAGCAAUAAGACUUUUAGAGGUCCCUCCCACCCCUCAAAGAGGUAACUUCUCAGUAUUUAUUACUCGCUCCAGGAUUAUGAGAGUGUCAGCCCUUGAAUCAAGUUAGCUCUCUUUGAAAUAUGCUGAAUUCCCGUUAACCCUCCCCCAAGAUUUUUAGAAUCCUAGCUCUGAUGAUUAUGAAGAUUAUAAAGAGAAAGGUCUUAGAAUCUCUGAAGCUUAAAAUGUGUGCAUAUUGCAUUUUUAUAUAAAUAUUAUAAUGGUGUGUAUUGAUUAUAUAUAGAGAGAGGUCAUUUUAAGGUGCUUUUUAUUUAAUUGUAGUAAGUGUAAUAGGCACUAAAAUGAAACUCAACUGGGUACUAUCAUUGAAACAAUUUGAUUCAAAUAAAUAGUUUUUGCAUGUUCUCAAGUUCCUUUUCUAUCUCCUUUCUGUCACCAGUUCAAUACUGGUUGGGUAGCUCUGAAUUCUGGCUUUCCCCAGGCAGCUGCUUGGUUAUACAUGUGAGGUAGACCCUCAGCAGUUUUUGCCUGGAUACAAUGACUCUACAAAGGUGUAUAUUUAACACUUCUUUUCGUACUAGAUCUGUACCUUGCAUCCCCCCUUGCAAACCAGAAACUACGUUUUUUCUUCUGGAAAGACUUCUCACUGUGCUGUGCGCUUAGGAACUGCGCAGUCCCGUUGCCAUACUAUGGCAUUCGAGGCGCGUCGUCACUUAGGGGCUGGUUUCCCAUGUUGUCAUCCUUGCUAACACUGGGAUCUCAGAUGUUUGCAGAACAUUUAUAUUCUCGAUGGUUCUUCAAAGAAGGGCUAGAAUAAUUGCCUUCUACCUAGAACAAACUAAACCUAUCUGAUGAAGAGUCAAUAUGUACUUUUUCGUACAUUCCCAGAUUUGAGCCAGAAAAUACCUACAAUGUUUUCAACUAGUGUUUUUGAGGUAGCUCUUUUAUCCUCUUCUCAGCUUUUGUCCUUUCCCACUUUCAUCGAUCCUUAAUAAGCUGUAAGUGAACCUACAUUCUGCAUUUCUAGCAUGUCAUUCUUUUCCUGUUUGGGGGGUGGGUGGGAGUAAAGUCUUCUUUUGGAUCUAAUGGGUCCUCUCUCAGCUUCUAACUGUUGCUUUUGCCUCUGGUUGAUGAGGAAUUACUAACUUCACAAAGAUUGCCAUCCAUAGUGGGAAGGACUUGACUUAAGUCACAAAAAUUUGCAUUUUCUUUAGGAAGGGGAAUUUAUGACAUCCAUGUUCUGUUAUCUGCCCUAACUUCCUAAAGAAUACAUAGGUUGAAUGAAGGUUUGUGAAUUACUUUGUGUUUUGGAAGUAUCACUAAUCUCCUUUUGGGAAAAAAAAAACAAACAAACUUAGCUUCUCUUUUUCUACUUUGACUUCUCUGCCAUUCUUUUUUUUCUUCUCUAAAGUUCUAAGUGAACUUGAACUGAGCCUUGUUCAGUCUUGACUGAAGUUUAGCCUCUCUCCAUAACCCAAGACUAAAAGGGAGUUCUCCGCACCAAGUGGCUCAAGUGAGCUAUCUCCAGAGCAAGUGCUUCUCAACCAGGGGCAAUUUUGCCCCCACAGGGCACACUUGGCGAUGUCUGGAGACAUUUGGGUAUCACUCCUCCGUGGGGGUUACUACUGGCAUCUAGUGAGUAGAGGCCAGAAAUACUUCUAACCAUCCUGCAGUGCACAGGACAGUCCCCCAAAUAAAGAACAAUCCAGCCUCAGCUGUCACUGGUGGUGAGGUUGAGAAACCAUGCCCAACACCAUUCCAGCCCUGUCUGUAGAGCUUGGCUCUGGCCUUGUUCUUUCCAGGCUACAGAACUGCAGGAAUGAAUCUUCUACCACAAUUCUUGAGUCCUUGGAAUCCUGUUGUUUGUUUCCAUUGUCUUGGGCCUGCUAAAAGGUGCACACUUUGGGAGGAAGCCAGAGUUACUUUAUAUGUGUUUGAGAACUUAAAUUCUAGGUUAGCAUCCUUAGAAAAUCUUUCAUAGAGCCAUGAGGCUUAUAUUUAGAAGCAAGCAACAGCCUGGCAGAUUGGCAUGAUUUUUACCAACUGCUCAAAGGCACCCAUGGCUUUUAGCUGUGUCUACCGAAAGAAAAUGUCUUUGUUUUUUAAUCAAGUUAUUUAAUAGCUCUUUACAAAUAUUAGCAUAUGACAGACCGAUUAAAAGCAAAAAAAAAAAAAAAAAAAACUCUGUAUUGGUGGUUGUGAUGUGGCUAUUAUAGAAGUAUUUGUGCUGUGUAUGCUUUGGUUAAAUCUGUUUUAAAACAUGCUUUAAGACUCACCAUAUGCAGUUGUAUACUUUAACUCUAAGCUCGGAGCUACGCUGGUCAGUCUCUAGUCACGUUGUGUAUUAUAAAGUAUGUUGUGGUUGUAGAGUUAGCCAGUUUAGCAUGUUCCUAAUCUGAAAAUUAGUGGACUACACUAGGAAAUGCUGUCCCAUUUUUCCCUUCCCAGCACCUCUUAGUUGAUAUCAUAGUAUCCUCACUUCUUAAACUAGUUUUUAGAGUAAAUAAGGAAAAAAGCCAUUUAUUUUAUUCUAGCCAUGUAUUGAGAAUGACUCAUUAAGUGUACAACUUUUUUUCAAAGGCCAGAGGAUUACUUUUCAUGUGUGUAGAAGGCUCUGUCCACUUCUGUAUCCCUGGAUCCCAGUGGUGACAGAACUCUUUUUGGCAAGGGCAAUAAGAAGCUCAUCCUGAGUCACCACUGGAGCCCAGCUGGGACUCAAAAAACCUGCAUUGUCUCUCAAGCGCCAACCUGUUUGCUGGAGAGCAUUGCUUUUCUAUCUGGAAGUUCCUUGUCUCCUGCAUUAAAGUGGGAUACUGAACUCUAUGCAGGUACAAAGAUCCACAGGCUCAUACUUGUGUGAACCAGGAUCGUGGUUUUGUUGAACCAACAAGCCAGAAAACAGUGGGCUAUUUCCUUGCCUCCUUCAGUUCCUCACUAAUAAAGUAUGUAGACAGAGAAAACUUAUUUAUGGUUUAAGAAAUAACAAUUCUGGUUUCUUUGAAAGAGACUGCAGAAAAACAGUAUCAAUGUUGAAAAUGUCCUAUCACUAAUAACCAGGACCAGAAUCUCACCAGAGGUCUUUGCAGAGAUUUAAAAGGCCAGCUUAGGGUUGGGCUGUAUCUUAGUGGUAGAGCACUUUUCUAGUAUGUGUGAGGCCCUGGAUUUGAUCCUUAGCACUCAAAAAAAUUUUUCAAAUAAAAAAUAAACAAGAGGUCAGCUUACCAGAAACAGGCAAACAAACAAACAAACCUUUAAAUGGUUAUGGUUUCUUCUUUUUGCCUCAUGAUCAGCUGAGAUAUAGAAUAUCUUGAGGUCUGGUUCAGCUGAGUAAAAAAUUCUUGAAAACCACGAGUAAGAAGCCAUGAAAGAAAAUGACCAUCUCUCAUCUGUCUGCAUCACAGAAUGGGGGAGAAGUCAGGUGUCUAGGAAACUCUGGGCCUAUUGCCCCGUGCGAUUCUUUUUUCUUUCUUUCUUUUCUUCUUCUUUUUUCUUCUUAAUUGAAUGUACUAUACAAGAUGGUAGACUUUUGUGCGAGCCAGUUACUACAGGAGUCUUCAUUUCCCACAGUGCUUCGGUAAUUCAUCAGCGUUAGGCCUGGUCCCACUCCACCUUUCUCUUCUCCAGGCACUGACCCACCUUUCUGCGUAUUUACUGUAGGCUAUUAAAUAUGGUCUUGACCUGCCUUGCAUUUUCAUUCUUCAACUGUUCACUCCCAAAUUUAAGGGAGUGUUGUCUCUUGUAUUGCCAGAAAAAAUUUGUCACAGUCUGCACGCUAGAUUUGUAGGGCCAGCAGAACUGCGGCAGUGAAACUGGUGUCACUUCCAAGGCCCUUCAUGUCCCACAAGGGUAAGCUCUUUACACCCCCUUGAUCCUUGGUCAUAUUUGAUCCUCCUUGGGAAUCUGAAAUCGGUCUCCGUGUUGUAUGCAGAAUAGAAGUUGCCUUGUUCGCUGCUCUUCCCAUGCAGAGUAUCAGGGAGAAAGAGGCCUUAUCUGUCCCUCCAUCCCCCCCUCUGUUUUGACAGACUACUGAGAAUCCCUCAGGACUUCCUUUGGUUGGGGAUUUCACUUCCCAGAAGGCUGAUGUGAUUCAUUUCAGACGUAGACAAGUUUGUCCUAAUACUCUGCUUCAGGUCUAAUCAGAGGAAACCCAGGAAUAGAAAAGGUAGAUGCCUUGACUUUUGUCCCUGUUGGGGGAUUAAAGUGUUUAUUGCCAGAGUUAUCAAAAGCUCUGGUUAAAUUCUGUACAGUUUCAUGAGAAAAAUGAUGCUUUUCCUCCUGGAGAAUGUGUAAGUUCUCCAUAAUAGCUUUGCUUUUCCAAAAUGGAAAGCAAAGCUUGCAGAAAACCCAUUUUCCCUAGGGAUCAAUAAUCGGUUUCUAGUCGCCAGUCUCGGUCCCUCUCCUUUGUUACUCUUUGGUCACCGAUUGAGUCAGGCCAGAGGGGUGAUGGAAAGAAGUGAAUUCUCACUGUAAACUUGCAUUGAUUAACAGAAACAAUGAAGCCAAACAAAAUAGUUGCCCCAGAUUCCUAUCUCCAAGAAUUGCUUUGUGCCAUUCUGAAUUCAGGUAGUUAUUCUGUAUAUACUUAGACAACUAUUCAGAGCUUCUUCAAUCUCUAAUAAGUUUGAAGGGAGUAUCUGGGAAGACACAGGGCAGGGUGAUGUUGAGACCCUGUUCAUUCUUAAAAAUAGGGAUAAGCCAGAGGGAUGUGAUAUCCAAUUUGUGGUAGAUGAAGAAUCAGUGGAAAUUCUUAAUUGCACAGACUUUAUAAUUCAUUAUAUAAAUUGUAAUUCCAUACUUUUUACUGUGGCAAGGGUGUGAUGUGGUUGUUAAAUCUUUUUAAUUUUUGAAUCCAAACUGAAUUUAAAGUGUUGAAUACUUAAAUUCCUCACAAGCUAAUUAUGAACCAUUUGUAAAGUGUUUCUAUAACUCUUUGUAUCAUGUGUUGGUACAUCUUAUCAAGUUUUUUCUGGCAUGUAUUCCAUUCUAAACUUCUGUAAAAUUUCUAUUGUUGCUGUAAAUAAUUAUACAAAUAUCUACUCCGUGGUAACCUACAUUAUCAGCAUGAAAUGGUUAAUUUUUACUGAGCACAAUGUAUUUUUGAAUGGAUCUUCCCAAAUGUCUUUAAUAAAAUGCAGAUUUUGCACUGACUGAUGUGACUGCCAGGCCGUCCCAAUCUUGAGCACUAUGGUCCUUCUUGCAUUUGAACAGCGAGCAGCUCGGUUUUAGUUCCUUCUUUGUAUAUAUAUAUAAAAAAAAUUUUUAAAAAAAGCAUUUGAAUUCAAAUGACGGAUAAUGGGCCUUUGAAGUUGUAAUCAGUUUAAGGGAGAGAAAUUAAUGUAAAGCAAGGCAAAUCCUGUUAUUUAAUGAUGUUGAUUUUUUCUUUCUUUUCUAUUUAUAAAGUUCUUUCCCCCUAUGGCAUUUUGAAAACUUUGGUUUCUUUUACACUUGAGUGUUGUCACUUGUAAUGCAUUGCUAGAAGCUCACUCGGUGGUUUGAGGAGGAUGGGAAGAGAUGCCAACCUCGUGCUCAGUGCUGUGGAGAAAGCAAAGAUGAACAGCUCCAUGAGGGUUUCUUCUUGUGGUAGAGCAGGGGUCAGCAAACUUUUAAUGUUAAGGGCCAGAUGGUAAAUAUUGGCCUUGAACAUUCUUUUGGUGUUGCCUCUACUCAUACUCAACUCUGCCCUAGUGCAAAAGCACCUAUAGGAUAUGUAAAUGAGUGCAAAAGCAGCUAUAGGAUAUGUAAAUGAAUGAGCAUGGCUGUGUUCGGAUAAAACUUUAUUUAAAAAAAAAAACAGGCCAGAGUUUAUGGACACUUU